AUGGGUCGGGAAGGGGAUAAAGAGAAAUUGUUGGGGAAGUUGUUGGGAAAUGAAGGAUGUGACCAGAAUGUGAGCGUAGUGUCCAUAGUUGGAAUGGGUGGAAUAGGCAAAACUACUCUUGCCAAACUUUUAUACAACGAGCAGAAAAUUAGCAAGGCUAUUUUUCAAGCAGUAACAGUAACAGGUCAAAAAAAAGAUUUUGCUAAUCUUGAUCUGCUUCAUGUGGCCCUCAAAGAAGAACUUUCAAAUAAAAGGUUCCUACUUGUUCUAGAUGAUGUCUGGAAUGAAGACGACAGUAAGUGGGAACAAAUACAAAGUCCUCUUCUUGUAGGGGCACCUGGAAGUAGAAUUAUUGUUACAACCCAGAGUACCCGAGUUGCAUCAGUGAUGGACUCGCAACAAACUUACCCUUUAGGGGUUUUGUCAAAUGAAGAUGCAUUGUCAUUAUUUGCUCAACACGCGUUAGGAGAAAAAAACUUUGACAAACAUCCAACACUUAAGUUGUUUGGUGAAGGUAUGGUUCAGAAAUGUGGUAGAUUGCCUUUGGCUUUGACAGCACUUGGGAGGGUCUUGAAGGGAAAUCGAAAUGCCAAUAAAUGGGAGAAGUUGUUGAAGAGUGAGAUAUGGGAUAUAGACGAUGGAAAUAAGAUUCUUCCGGCUCUAAAACUAAGCUACUAUCAUCUCCCUCCACAUCUGAAGCAGUUGUUCGCAUAUUGCUCCUUAAUUCCCAAGGACUAUGUGUUUGAAAAAAAUAAAUUAGUCCUAUUGUGGGUGGCAGAAGGAUUUUUGUCCCAAUCAAAAGGAAACAAGUCAAUGGAGAAUUUAGGUCAUGAGUGUUUUGAAGAGCUAAAGUCAAGGUCCUUUUUUCAACAAUCAACGAAUGACGAGUUAAGAUAUACAAUGCAUGACCUGAUGAAUGACUUGGCCACAAGUGUUGCAGGAGAGUUUUCCUUUAGAUUGGAUGGUGAGGUGGAUGUAUCUGAUAUGAAUGAAGCUUUUGAUAAAUUUCGUCACUUUUCACUUGUAGGUCCAAGAUCUGGAUCAUACAGAAAGCUUAAUGAAUUACAUAGAGCUAAACACUUGCGAACUUUCUUAGUCAUGUCAGUUGGUUUCGAAAACAAUGGGUUUUUGGACAAGGUUCUUCUUGAACUACAAUUCCUGAGGGUGCUAAGUGUCGUGGGCUUGAAUCACAUGUACAGAGAUCGUAAGAUGAUCACGAAGGUACUAGAAUCCAUUGGUAAUCUCAAGCAUCUACGGUACCUUAAUUUUUCUUAUACCAGAGUCACAUAUUUGCCUGAAGAAGUGAGUGAGCUUUAUAAUCUACAGACCUUGUUGGUUCAUGAUUGUUAUGAGUUGUCUAGCUUGCCAAAAAAUUUUGCAAAGUUAAUAAACCUACGGCAUCUUGAUAUAAGAAAUACUCCAAAUUUGAACAAGAUGCCCUUGGGGAUCGGUGGGCUGACAAGCCUACAAACUCUAACCAAGGUCAUUAUUGAAGAAGGUAAUGGGUUCAAAAUAUCCGAUUUUAAGGGCCUAACAGAUCUUCAAGGCCAACUGUACAUUAUGGGGUUAGAAAAAGUGAUAAAUCCAGUAGAAGCAAAGGAUGCCAACUUACAUCAAAAGAAAGGUCUUGAUGUUUUGGAGAUGGAAUGGAGUGAUGUGUUUGAUGAUUCUCGGAAUGAGAUGAUUGAAUAUGAAGUACUUAAAGAACUAAGGCCUGAUCUUAAGUUAAAAAAGCUCAAGAUUUUCAAUAACAGCGGAAUGCGAUUUCCUACUUGGGUUGGCAAUCCCUCCUUUGAUCAGUUAACAGAGCUUACAUUACGUGGUUGUAGAAGUACACAUCUACCAGCACUUGGAUGUUUAGGGUCUCUUAGGAAGUUGGUUGUUGAAAGGAUGAAUGAGGUGAAGACUGUAGGUUUUGAGUUCCUUGAACCUCCUAAUUCUAAUCUUGGCAUUGCAUUUCCAUCCCUUGAAUGUCUGAAAUUUGAUGAUAUGAAAGCCUGGCAGAGAUGGUCAAUUAAUAGUGGUGACGGACAUGGAGCUCCUAGAUCAUUUCCUUGUCUUCAUGAGAUCUGUAUAGCCAAUUGUUCAGAACUAGCUGAAGUUUCAAUCGGAUUGAUACCUGCACUUCGGGUUUUAUAUAUUGAAGAAUGUUCCGAAGCAGUGUUAAGAAGCAUGGUUGGUUUGUCCUCAUCACUUGUUGAAUUAAACAUGUUAAAUGUCAAAGGACUUACUCAACUACAUGGAGAAUAUUUAAUGCAUCUUAGGCCACUUGAUCAUCUUUAUAUUGAAAAUUGUGAUGAACUGAGAUACUUGUGGGAACGAGAAUCAGAGGCAUGCAUGAGUCUUGUGAGUUUACAGAAGUUGGAAGUACGGAACUGUAAAAACUUGGUUUCAACAGCCGAGAAAGAGGCUAAUAUUGGGAUCAGCAUGGAAUCACUUAAAUCUGUGAAAUUUCGUAUCUGUGAGACAUUGGAGAGUUACAAUUGUCCAAAUAGUGUUGAGAAAUUGGUGAUCAGGGAUUGUGAUUCAAUGACAUCUUUGACCUUCUCAGCAGUGCAGGAGCAGCCAUCCCCUCUUACUGAAUUGAUAGUCGGUGAUUGUGAUAACAUACAAUUACAACCCAGACCCAUUCCAGCAAAAGGCUUCAGCUUGUCUCGCCUGACAUCUCUUCAGAUCGGUUUGUGCAAGAAUCUAAAGUCAUUUCCUCAUGAGCAAUUUCAAAGUCUCACAUCUUUGGACAAAAUGUGGCUAACUGAUUGUCCAAGUAUAGACUACUCCUUUCCUUGUGGUGUGUGGCCUCCUAAUUUAAGCACAUUAGGGAUUGGUGGCUUAAAUAAGCCCAUGUCAGAGUGGGGCCCCCAGAAUUUUCCAGCCUCACUAGUUGAAUUAGAGUUAUUUGGCAAAAAUUCAGGAGUGGUUUCAUUUGCAGUGGCAGACGAUGUGGGGAAUACUACUACUCCAUCAUCAUCAUCAUCAUCAUCAUCAUCUUUUCUUCUUCCACCAUCUCUUGUUUCUCUAAGGCUCAUUGAUUUUACAGACGUGGAGUCAUUUUCAGAGGUCUUACAACACCUCCCCUGCCUUAAAACACUUGAAAUUUUGAAUUGCCCAAAGCUUGGAGAUCUUAAGACCAUUUACAACCCAUCAAAUGUGACAAUAUAUGUGAUGUAGUAGAAAAGGUGCACGUUGGACCAAGGCUGUCUACAUGAUGUCAGUGAGGGAAAUCAGCUAAAUAUGCACAGGGAUGGACGUUGAAAAAAGUUAUAAGACAAUCAAGGGUUCGAGUAAAUACCAAAUACAAAUUCCAUAUUUGGGAUGAAUGGUGGAUGAACUGUUGUAUAGGUUCACUGAAUUGUACUUAGAUAUAGUAAUUAUCAAACAUAGUUUGUUUUGGGUUUUAUUUAAAAGUAGUUUAUAAAAAAAAUGCACAGUACAAGAAAUGGUUAUCUUUAUAUAUAAAUACACAAUAAUAAAUUACAAAAUUAGUCA